AUGUUCCGGUUCCCUACACGUUUUCCAGCGGAUAUUCGAGUUCCUACGAUUGGCCGUGGUUGUGGCCAUCUAUAUGGCUAUGACAACAAUGGCACGUCCAACAAUUACGGUUACAUCUAUAACCCCGUCAACAGAUUCUUACAAAACUACGACCAUGGACGUGAGCUCCUUGCUGCACUUGCCACCCAGCGGAAGACUGGGGAAUUCCUUGAUGUUGUGGUACAAGUCGAGGGUAGAGAGUUCCCCUGUCACCGGGCUGUGUUGGCAUCCACGCGGUAUUUCAAGACAAUGCUGUCCUCCAUGAACCUCUCCGAGAGGGAUUCAGAGGUCAUACAGCUGUGCGGGAUAGACUCCACAAGCUUCUCCAAAAUCCUGGACUUCCUGUACACCGGGGAAAUCUGCAUCCACAAAGACAAUGUUCAGAACAUUCUGCAGGCGGCGCAUAUGCUACAGUUUGACAAGAUUGUGCAGUGCUGCUGUGGGUUCAUCGAAGACAACCUUUGCCCAUACAACUGUCUGGGCGUCAUGCGCCUGGCCGACAUGUAUGGGGUUUCUGCCUUGAAGAAGAGCUCUUGGGACAUGGCAGUGUCAAAUUUCUCAGAUGUCACACAGGAAGACGAGUUCGUCAACCUUUCGGUGCAAGAACUUGCCGAUCUAGUCGGAGAUCAGCAUCUGAAAGCCAAUGAAGAGGAUACCGUCGUCCAUUCUGUAAUCAAGUGGCUCGACUAUGCCCCUGAGGACCGUAAGACCGGAAUCCUCAAGAUUUUACAAGAAGUCCGUCUGUCGUGCGUGAGGGUCAGCGUCCUAGAGAAGCUUGAGUCACAUCCUGUGAUACAAGAGUCCGUAGAAUAUCUGACAAAGGUCACAGCAGCCAGGGAGAAACACCUCCUCGGUACACUACGACCACCUACCGAUGCAAAGGGAGACGAGGCUAAUGGUAGUCCUAGACGCGGGAUAUCGGACAACCUGGCAAUUGUUGUCGGUGGAUGGAAGGAAGCGAAGAAAUUUGCUCGUCAAGAAGUGAACCCCAUGACGCCCCUGCAAAGCAUAAUUUGCUGUGAUCCAGACAGUGAAAAAUUCUACCACAUCACUACCCUCCCCACGCCUGUCUCCGGCAACAUGAGCGUGACAAGUGCAGGGAGACACCUGUAUGUGACAGGUGGGCGGGUCCAUCCUCGAGUCGGCCAGGGUCCCCAUUCUGCUCCAUCCAGACAAGCCUUUCGGUACGAAUUCCCUUCGGACACUUGGCUGAGGCUGCCCGACAUGCCUAGCGUCAGGGCAAGGCAUCAGUCGGCUGUCGUUGACGGGAAACUCUUCGUGGCCGGCGGUGACGCUGAGGUGACGUCUUUGGUGACCCUGGAUUGCUAUGAUCCUGAAGAGGGAGCUUGGAUAAAGAUACGUGGGCGACAUUCAUUGCGCACGUCAUCUUACUUGAAGGUAAUAGCCUUCCGAGACAUGCUUGUAUUCAUAGUGCCAGAGAUCACGAAUGUUUAUACCCUCCCUAUUGUCGGAGAGCAUUCUAUUUCGUCGAUACUCCAUGCGCCUAGCCAGGGAGUGGUGGGUCUAGAAAAACUAUGCGUCCAUGCGAUUGAUGUGAAAACCAAAUGUUGGCGGUACGCCGAUACCCCACGCCUACGUCUGGGACCACUAAACCUGGUGGACUUGUACAUACUGACUACUACAGUCAAUAACAGGCUUUAUAUCCGUACUGGAUAUACCCAGCGUUCCGACCUUUACAUCUACGAUGCCGAAGAGAACUGCCUAACGAAGGGUGGUGAAGGAGAUUGGGAAGAGAACGUUCUUCGCGCGCAAUGCGAGCACAGCCACCGCUACGCGAGACAGGAGGGCUUAGUUGAUACCAUUCACCACUACAAGUUUGGGGAUCGCCACAUCUCCACAAGGCAGGCGCAGACGCCCUUUCCAUUUGCCUUAUUCGGCCACAGCUUCCUCCAAACCAAGAAGAGCCGCGUCGGGUGGUACUGCCGGGACCUUGCAGCACUGGAGAAAAACGACGAACCAGCGUCAUCAGACUCCGGACCAGACGCCGACUAUUUAUGAGUUACGACCUCUGAGUGACUCAACUCCAAGCCCACAAAAUGCACGUUUUCUGCGGGAAAAGGGCAGAAACCAAUAAUAAAUAGUUCCUGGAUGUUUUUAUCCAAAUUGUAACAGAAUUUAUGUUAUCUUCAUCCUAGACUUCUCCAUUAAUUAAAGUACCGUAUGAAGUAUGUUCACAAAGCAUGAACGUAAAUUGGGCCGCUUGGUGUCCUCUGAACUGUGUACCCUUAUGGUAUUGGUGUCUGUUAACUUGUUUGUAAAUCAUGGGUUAUUCUCGGAUGUUUGGAGACCU